AUGGCCUCCUCCGGUGACCGCAGCCAGCUGGCCGGCAACCAGUCUUGCUACACGCUUCUCUCCUACGACCCGGGCUACGGGUCGCUGGCGAGCGAGGCACCCACCAUCAACGACUUCAAGAAGAUGCUCGAGACCGGUGACGAUGUCAGCCGCACGGCGGCCAUGAAGCGUCUGCUGAGCACCAUGAUGGCUGGCGACCUGAUGCCGGACCUGCUCAUGCAUGUCAUUCGCUUCGUCAUGCCGACCAAGGACAAGCACCUGAAGAAGCUCCUGCUGCUGUACUAUGAGAUCGUGCCCAAGCGCACCCCCUCCGGCACCCUGAAGCAGGAGUUCAUCCUGGUCUGCAACGCGCUGCGCAAUGACCUGCAGCACCCGAACGAGUAUGUCCGUGGGUCUACCCUGCGCUUCUUGUGCAAGCUCCGCGAGGCAGACAUCAUUGUUCCCCUCAUCGACCCGAUCCGUGGGUGCCUGGAGCACCGGAUGAGCUACGUCCGCAAGAACGCCGUCCUGGCCCUGCACUCAAUCUUUAAGUUCGACUCGACCCUGGUGCCGGAUGCGCCGGAGUUGAUUGCCAAGUUCAUCCGCACCGAGACCGAUGCCACCACCCGGAAGAACGCCUUCUACCUGCUGAUCAACUGCGACCAGCCGCUGGCCAUCGACUACCUGCGGUCCAUCAUCGAGCAUGUCCUCACCUUCGAUGAGUCCUUCCAGCUGGCCGUCAUCGAGCUCAUCCGCAAGUAUUGCCACUCCAAUCCUUCGGAGCGUGCCGUCUUUGUCAAGGUCAUCUUUGCGCUGCUGGAGUCCCAGUCGCACACUGUCAAGUAUGAGAGCGCGACCACGCUCAUGUCGAUCACCCGCGCUCCGGCCGCUGUCAAGGCCGCUGCCUCUGCCUACAUCGACCUGGUGAUGAAGGACUCCGACAACAAUGUCAAGCUGAUUGUCCUCAACCGUGUGGAGGAGCUCCAGCGCCGCCAUCCGCACCUUCUGGACGACCUGGUCCUGGACCUGCUGAAGAUCCUCAACAGCCCGGACUUGGAGGUCCGCCUGCGCGUGCUGGAUCUGGCCAUCACCAUGGUCCCGCUGCGCCAUGUCACCGAGGCGGUGGUCCUGCUGCGGAAGGAGCUUUCUCGGACCAGCUCGGCCCCGGAGAACGACGAGUCGUCCAUCAUCUACCGCCAGGCCCUGGUGAAGGUGAUUCACUCGUGCGCGGUGCGCUUCCCGGAGACCGUGCUCUCAUCCUCGCUGCAGCUUCUGAUGGAUCUCAUCGGCGAGUCGCGCGGCGACACCGCCAUUGAUGUUGUGAACUUUGUUCGCCUGGCCGCCGAACGCAACGUCAGCAUUCGCGAUGCCGUCACCCAGCGCCUGAUUGCCCAGCUGCCGGAGAUCCGCCUGUCGCGCGUGUUCCAGGGGGUCCUCUGGGUUCUGAGCGAGUUUGCCCCGGUCGAGCGCCUGCCGGAGCUGUUCGAGGCCCUCGAGCGCUCGCUUGGCCCCUUCCCGCUGGAGGCCCCCGUCGAGGAGGCCGGUAACCAGGAGGACAACACCGAUUUCGAGGACAACCGGUCGGUGUCCUCGGGCUCCGCGUCGUCGGCUGUGUCGGCCUCCACCGCGUCCGGCCUCGGCCGCGGGACCUCCUCCUCGGCCACCGGCAAUUCGGCCCGGAACAAGGUGACCGGCAGCUCGGUCGUCGCUGGCGGGUACUAUUGCGUGGCGCUGAACGUGCCGGCGGGUGUGCUGUGUGAUACCCCGCUCCGGUCGUUCCUGCUCUACGGCGACCCGUACCUGGCCAGUGCUCUUGGUGCGGCCGUGACCAAGAUUUGCCUGCGCCUGCGGGCGGCCCUCUCGGAUGGCCCGACGCACGCGGACCUGAAUGAGGGCCUGGCCGGGAUCCAGUCCGGCGAGGGCAGCCACCUGUACCAGCACCUGAUUUUGGACGCCGAUGCGUAUGAGCGUCUGUCUGGCUGCGCUCGGCUGCUGACCGAGCCCAAUGCCCUGGCCGAGCAGGCCUUCCUCUCCAGCCGGCCGGCUUUCUCCACCUUCCUGGCCGAGCAGCAUCGUGCCCAGAAGUCCACGGCCAGCGAGCAGUCCGAUGCCCGGGCCGACCAUCCGGAAACCCGGCUGUCCCUGCGCCAGCUGCAGAGCCGCAAGACCGUGGAGAAUGCCGAAGAUCAGUAUGAGACCGAUCUCAACCGGGCCAUCGGUGCCGACGACGCGGCCGCCCAGGAGCUGGUUUCCAACCUCAGCCGCGUGGUCCAGCUGACUGGCCACUCGGACCCCCUCUACGCCGAGGCGUAUGUCCAUGUCAACCAGUAUGAUAUCCUGCUCGACAUUCUGGUGGUCAAUCAGACCAGCAGCACCCUUCAAAAUGUCACCAUCGAGCUGGCCACCCUUGGCGACUUGAAGCUGGCCGAGCGCCCGGCGUCCCAUGUCCUGGCGCCGCACGACUUCUGCAACAUGACCGCCCACAUCAAGGUGUCCUCCACCGAGGCCGGGGUCAUCUUCGGCAACAUCUCCUACGAUUCGUCCUCUGCCUCGGAGGCUUCGCGCGUGGUGGUCCUGCACGAGAUUCGCAUCGAUGUCAUGGACUACAUCCAGCCGAUUCAGAUCCCCGAGUCGCAGUUCCGCCGGAUGUGGACCGAGUUCGAGUGGGAGAACAAGAUCCCCGUCAUGACGGACAUUACCGACCUCCACGACUACCUGAACCAGCUGGUCAAGUCGACCAACAUGAAGUGCCUCACCCCGGCGGCCGCCACCGCCGGCGAGUGCGACUUCUUGGCAGCCAACCUGUAUGCGCGGUCCAUCUUCGGCGAGGAUUGCCUGGCCAAUGUCAGCCUCGAGCGAACCAGCGCGGCGGCCCCGCUGGCUGCCGGGCUGGGCUCCGGCUCGCCGGUCCUCGGCCCCAUUGGUGGUCCCGCCACCGGUGGCAGCGCCAUGAAGAUUGUCGGCCACAUUCGCAUUCGCGCCAAGACCCAGGGCAUCGCCAUCAGUCUGGGUGACAAGAUCCUCAUGUCUCAGAAGUCGGCCAGCGCCGCCGGCGGGAAUAAGCCCACCCGGCCGCCGCCCGGCUCGGCUGGCCGGAGCAAGCUCGGCUCGCCGAAGCUGGCUGCGCUGACUUCCUCCGCCGAGGGCAGUGCCUCCAGCGGAAGCCCGAUUGUCGUGUGA